AUGGCUCAUCGUCGAUGUGUCUCUUCAACCUCAUCAGAAUCAGACUUUUCUUCAGCGUCGUCGCUUAGGACUUCCCAAACUCCUCCAGUAGAGACAUCCGCUUCCAGUACCGACUCGGAGCCCUUGAAAGGGGUAAAACGUAAUCAUGAGUCGUCAGGCAGCGAUGAUGACAAGAGUUCAAAAGGUCUAGGCCGAUCGCAAAAGCAAGAUAAUGAGGAACCGAACGACCCAGACCACACCCAGGACCCGGCAGAGAUGCACCCCAGUGGAGUGCAACCAAUCAUCACUACCAUUCGCGCGACUGAUCUCACUCUUGGCCUCCGACGGAUCCCCGCUGGCUUCCAUGUAGUGAUCAAGGCCGACGGCGUUGAAUACCAGACAAGCAAUAUAUCUGUAAACGUAGACCAGGCUGUCCUCGAAUGGCACGAGCGCAUUCUUUUGCCUCGCGAGCCAUAUUCUAAAGUUAAGGUCAGCGUGUAUGCCUCAUUCGAAUUGGGUCCCAUGCUCUGUCAUGGAGAGAUACUUCGCACGUUCAAGAUUUCCGUCGGAGAAUUACUGGAUCGCAGCGAAAAAUCGCAUUCCAUAAUAUUUCAGCCGAAGCAGGAGCAAGUCAUAUCUGCUUGCACUUCACUUUUCUUCACAGUGGAGCAGCAACUUUCUGAUCAAAACGAUGCCGGAAUUAUUUGCCCCCCUAUCACUCCUACAUCCAGCGAUAUGGACGCAUUAGCGUUGAGGACAGAUGCCGGACAUUGUCUUCUCGCACGAUACCGCAGGACGCAGAACAGUAGCGAUCUCGAACAAUGCAUAGAUCACUUUGAACGGGCCUUGCAUCUAUGUCCCGUGAAUCAUCCCUACCGCCCUGCAGCGCUGUUUAAUCUUGCCAUCGCAACGUUUGUUAGUUGCCAAGCUGACGGAAGAUACCUCGACCUCGACGUCCCUGUCUCCCUGUUUCAAGGCGCCCUCGACUUGCGUCCCGCCAAUCAUCCGGACCGAACGGUCACGCAGCUGCAUCUUGCCGUUGCUCUGCUCUCGCGCUUCGCAAAACGGGGAUUUCAAACGGAUGCUGAUGCAGCCAAAGAGUUACUGAGCGAAGUCGUCAAUGUCUGCCACGCCAACAGCCACAUUCACAGAGCGGCUGUGAUUGCAAUGGAAACAUGCGCUCUACAUUCUGCGAGAGGCAUUGAUGCAAAUGAUCUUAGGCAGGAGGGGCCCGCCCUAUCCAUGCUUCCGUUAUCGCCGGAUCAACUUGCUGAUUUAGCACGGUGGUGUUUGGAGAGAGAUGAACCUGGUGCCUUAGAUGAAGUGAUAUCCCUUCAUUAUGACGCACUGGAAUACUACAACGCCGAGCAUGAUUGCCAAGGGCAAUUACUAUGCAAUCUAACUAUAAUGCUAGUGACUCGCUUUGAGCGCCGAGGCAAUGACAAAGACUUGGAUCAAGCUAUCGCACUUCAGCAGGAAGCGCUGGCUUUGUUCCCGGUCGGUCACACAGAUCGGUCUAAGUCAUUAAACAUCCUCGCGAAUCAACUCUUCUCCCGCUUUGACCGCCGAGGCAACGGCGAAGACUUGGAUGAGGCUAUCGCACUUCACAUGGAAGCGCUGGCUUUGUGCCCGGCUAUCGAUUCAGAGGAAGCGCGGCUUUGUGCCCGUCGUCCACAGGAUGGUCAUGUCAUUAACACUCGCGCACACUCUUCCCGCUUUAACACCGGGCAACGGCAAGACUUGGAUCAGGCUAUCGCACUUCAGAAGGAAGCGCUGGCUUUGUGCCCAGUCGGUCACACAGGUCGGUCCAUGUCAUUAAACAACCUUGCGACUCAACUCUCCUCUCGCUUUCACCACCGAGGCAACGGCGAAGACUUGGAUCAUGCUAUCGCACUUCAGCAGGAAGCGCUGGCUUUGUGCCCGGUCGGUCACACAGGUCGGUCAAUGUCAUUAAACAACCUCGCGACUACACUCUCCUCCCGCUUUCACCACCGAGGCAACCGCGAAGAUUUGGAUGAGGCUAUCGCACUUCAGAGGGAAGCACUGGCUUUGUGCCCGGUCGGUCACACAGAUCGGUCCAUGUCAUUAAACAACCUCGCGACUCAACUCUCCUCCCGCUUUGACCGCCAAGGCAACGGCGAAGACUUGGAUCAGGCUAUCGCACUUCAGAGGGAAGCACUGGCUUUGUGCCCGGUCGGCCACACAGAUCGGUCCAUGUCAUUAAACAUCCUCGGCACUCGACUCUCCUCCCGCUUUAACCACCGAGGCAAUGGCGAAGACUUGGAUGAGGCUAUCACACUUCAGAGGGAAGGACUAGCUUUGUGCCCGGUCGGUCACACAGAUCGGUCCAUGUCAUUAAACAACCUCGCGACUCAACUCUCCUCCCGCUUUGAACGCCGAGGCAAUGGCGAAGAUUUGGAUCAGGCUAUCGCAUUUCAGAGGGAAGCGCUAGCUUUGUGCCCGGUCGGUCACACAGAUCGGCUCAUGUCAUUAAACAACCUCGCGGGUGCACUCUCCUCCCGCUUUCACCACCGAGGCAACGGCGAAGACUUGGAUCAGGCUAUCGCACUUCACAGGGAAGCGCUGGCUUUGUGCCCAGUCGGUCACACAGAUCGGUCCAAGUCAUUAAACAACCUCACGACUCAACUCUCCUCCCGCUUUGACCGCCGAGGCAAUGGCGAAGACUUGGAUCAAGCUAUCGCACUUCAGCAGGAAGCGCUGGCUUUGUGCCCGGUCGGUCACACAGAUCGGUUCAUGUCAUUAAACAACCUCGCGAAUCAACUCUUUCCCGCUUUCCCACCGAGGCAACGGCGAAGACUUGGAUCAGGUUAUCGCACUGAACAGGGAAGCGCUGGCUUUGCGCCCGGUCGGUCACACACAUCGAUCUGGGUCAUUACACAACCUCGCGACUACACUCUCCUCCCGCUUUCACACCGAGGCAACCGCGAAGAUUGGAUCAGGCUAUCACACUUCACAGGGAAGCACUGGCUUUGCGCCCGGUCGGUCACACAGAUCGGCAACAGCGAAGAUUUGGAUGAGGCUAUCGCACUUCACAGAGAAGCGCUGGCUUUGCGCCCGGUCGGUCACACAGAUCGGUCCAUGUCAUUAAACAACCUCGCGACUCAACUCUCCUCCCGCUUUCACCACCGAGGCGACGGCGAAGACUUGGAUGAAGCUAUCGCACUUCACAGGGAAGCGCUGGCUUUGUGCCCAGUCGGUCACACAGAUCGGUCCAAGUCAUUAAACAACCGCGCGAUUACACUCUCCUCCCGCUUUCACCACCAAGGCAACGGCGAAGAUUUAAAUGAGGCUAUCGCACUUCAUAGAGAAGCGCUGGCUUUGCGCCCGGUCGGUCACACAGAUCGGUCCAUGUCAUUAAUCAACCUCGCAAAUCAACUCUGCUCCCGCUUUGACCACCGAGGCAACGGCGAAGACCUGAACGAGUCACGAGAGAACCUACUCUGCGCAUUGACGUUGUUGACGCAGCAUGAUCCUCGUCAACUGAAAGUCCAUGAAUCUAUAGCUAAUGUAUAUCUAUCAUUCCAUCAUUCAGAGCUUGACGGCACCGGCCCUGGCGAAAAUCCAGAUAGUCUGAAUGCUACCAUGCACCAUUUUAAGGCAGCGACACAUGUUGUCUCUGCGGGCUUGCUCUCCCGCCUGCGGGCAAGUCUAACUUGGGUGCACUGUGCUCAUCAAUAUUCACAUGGUACUCAACUAGAGGCUUAUGCGACUUCUAUGCAACUACUGGACGCUUACAUGUCUGUAACAGCCUCCAUACCAUCUCGUCAUGAUGCCAUGAAGGAAUUCCCAAAUACACCUGCCGUGGAUGCUGCAUCUUGUGCUCUUCGUAGUGGUGACGUGGGUCGCGCUGUUGAGUUGUUGGAACAAGGCAGGACCAUCAUCUGGACCCAGAUGACUCGACUCCGCACGCCUCUUGACAGGCUCCAGACUUGCGGCGAUCAUGCAGUGACUCUGAUGAAGAAAUUCGCAGACCUUAGCUCCCUCCUCGAUAAAUCUCCAAGCCAUCCAGAAGGGACCCAAAGAAUCGAUGUGGAAGCAGAAGCCACCCGGUACAGACGUCUAGUGGAGGACUGGAAUGGAACUGUAGAAGAGAUCAGGAAGAUCGAGGGCUUCUCUCGCUUCCUGCUUCCCCCUUUGUUCUCUGAUCUCCAAGAUGCAGCUCGUGAUGGGCCCAUCAUCAUGCUCAUCGCAAGUGGAUCGUCUUGCGAUGCCAUUAUUAUCCCGCACAAGCAACCUCCCACCAGCAUUCAACUCCCUAUCGAUAUUCAGAAACUCGUCAAAUUGGUAAACACAUUUCCAGAGGCAGUUGAAAAAGAGACUGGGCAACAACAAGCGCUAAUGAAAGCUUUGAACGAGUUGUGGAACAAUGUCGUCGGCCCAGUGGUCGAGAAAUUGGGCAGAUUGGUACGACUAGGUUCCCGAAUAUGGUGGUGCCCGACAUUCCUCUUCAAUUUCUUACCGUUGCAUGCUGCUCGCGAGCACAGAAAUGGGGGAAAGUCUCUUUCGCAGCUGUAUAUCUCUUCAUACACACCAUCUCUCACCGCGCUUAUCAAGGCUCGCGCAAGUCGUGACAGACCCACGUCGGUGCCCUUCGUCGCCAUCGGUCAGAAUUACCCAGCCGGUGCCUUUUUCACUUUAGAUGCUGUAGAGCCUGAGCUGGAAUUGGUGCGGAAACUUUUGCCUCCUCCCCCAACUGUCUCCUUCUCCAAGAUAGCCAGCGUUAAUGCCACGAAAUCAAGAGCACUGUGCGCAUUGCGAGAGAAUACUUGGUUCCAUCUCGCGUGUCAUGGGACGCAGAGAUUUGACGAACCCUUCCAGUCGGCCUUUCUUAUGCGCGACCAGCCUCUUUCGCUCCUUGAUAUUGCACAAACGGAUCUGUCUCGGCAUCAUUUUGCCUUUCUUUCUGCCUGUGAAACCGCGGUCGGUGACUUCAAUACGCCCGACGAAGCGAUACACCUAGCGGCCGGCCUGCAAUUUGCUGGGGUUAGGAGUGUCAUCGGGACGUUGUGGAAGGUCGACGAUCAUACUGUGCACCUCUUAGUCAAGGCAUUCUACGAAAAUUUUUGCGAGGGUGGCACAAUGAAUCCCAAACGAGCUGCCCAAGCGCUGUACCGAGCGGUCCAGUCGUUGGCUAGUGACGUAGACAUACCCUUGGCCCAGCGCAUAGUGUUCGUGCAUUUUGGCAUAUGA